AGUGCAGCGGAGAGCAUGCUGGAUGUGGCUCUACUGAUGGCCAACGCAUCCCAGCUAAAGGCUGUGAUGGAGCAGGGACAAAACUUCUCCUUUUACACUCCCAUCAUCACUCUAAUCAGCAUCUCCCUGUGUCUGCAGGUCGCAGUCGGAGUCCUGCUCAUCUUCACAGUUCGAUGGAACCUGAAUGAUGAGCAAAGGCAUUGGAGGCUUAACAUUAUGGAAAACUUGACCACAUGUCUGGUUUUUAUCAUAGUGGUUGUCAACAUCUUCAUCACAGCAUUUGGAGUCCACCGGCCGAAGCAAAGCAACUAA